CUCGGCUACCUGGCCUCGGGGCGGCUGGCCCUUCCCGCGCGCGCGCGCGUGCGCGCGUGAGGGUGCUUUCCCCUACCCGCGGGGCAAGAGGUAGCUGCCAACACUAGCCCUGGUGUGCUGGGCACCUUUCCAUCGUGCAUUGGUGGAGAGCACCAAGCAGUUCAGAGCUGGAGAAAAAGGCUCCGGUCCUCAGCCCCUAUGAUGUGACUCUUCAGGCCGCUUACUGUUUCCCAAGUGGACGUCUGCACUGGUGCGAGCUAGUCACAGAAAGCAAUUAAAAGAAAACAUUGUUCUCCUGAUAAAGCAAUACAAAGGAUAAGACAGAAAAGAAAGGAAAUACACCUGGGAGAAAGCCAAAGCACCUCGCCAUUUUAAAGAACCUUCCAUCAUCCUGGGCCUGCGAUGGAUCAAGUGCUCCACGUGUGAAUGACUGAUGACUACUUUGAAGAGCUGCUGUGAUAUGCAGGGAGAGUGAGAACUAGCAGAUGAAGACCUUGCCAUGCACUGAGAGUGGAGCAGCAAGCGCGAAGCUCCGUGGAAAAUGUCUGCUUGUAAUACCUUCACUGAGCACGUCUGGAAACCUGGCGAGUGCAAGAACUGCUUCAAGCCCAAGAGCCUGCACCAGCUACCCCCCGCCCCGGAGGCAGCCCCCCUUCCCCACGGAAGCCUAAAGAGCAACGCAAACCACAGCAACAACCACCGAGUCAGGAACACGGGAAACUUCCGGCCCCCUGUGGCCAAAAAGCCCACCAUUGCCGUGAAACCCACCAUGAUGGUGGCCGGCGGGCAGAGUGUGAAUGCUGAGGCCGGCACCCCGGAGCACUGUGAGAACAAGCCAGUGAUCAUCAGCUGGACCCGGAACAGGGCUUCCCUGAAAAAACCACUGAAGAAUAAUAACAAUAAUGAAGAAGAAAUUGAAGGAUUUAGCCAUGUUCAUAGGCUUGGCACCAAUGACAGUGUGAGUAAGGUAGCAAAUAACAAUAAUGGACUAACUGAAGUGUUGAAGGAGAUAGUGGGCCUGGAUCCCACUCCUCAGCGAAUGGGAAAUGAAAUUAACUCAAGGGAGACCUUUGGAAGAAUCAGCAACUGCUAACGGUCGCUGGAAAGGAAGCUUCCUCCCAGCUGUAUGAUGGGAGGGAUGAAGGACUCUCAGGGUAAGCAUGUUAUUCUGAGUGGUAGCACGGAAGUGAUCAGCAAUGAAGGGGGUCGGUUUUGUUACCCAGAGUUUCUAGUGAAGACGAAAGUGAGGACGAUGCCUUCUUUGGCAGCGUGCACGGAGGACCACGAGAGCUGGGACGAAAGUGACGAAGAGCUGUUGGCCAUGGAAAUCCGGAUGAGGGGGCAGCCUCUUGCCAACUUCAGGGCAAACACCCUCUCCCCAGUGCGAUUCUUUGUGGGAAAAAGGUGGAACACUGUCCCCAUAAGGAAGAAAUCUCUGCAGAGGAUCUGUGCGGUCGACUACGACGACAGCUACGAUGAGAUCUUAAAUGGCUAUGAGGAAGAUUCGGCGAUUCCCUAUGGGCAGGAAAGCACGCGGAGCAUGGUCUCCUCGGAUUCCACGUCUCCUGAGUCGUCCCUCACGGAGGAGUCUCGCUCUGGGACAGCCAGCAGCUCGUCUCAAAAACUCUGCAAUGGAGGGGUGUCUCCCAGUAGCCCAAAGGAUGGGAAGGAGCUCAAAUCAGUCGAACCAGACUAUGAAAGCUCUGAUAAUCAGCAAGGGAGGGGUACAACGGGUGCUCCAAAGAGCCCAACCCAAGCGUUAGAGACCCACAAAGCAGUUCUUGCUCUACGAUUAGAAGAGAAAGAUGGUAAGAUUGCUCUUCAGACUGAGAAGCAAGAAGGCAAACUCCUGCAGAUGUGCCUGGGCAGGGCAGUGACUAUCAACUUAGUGCCCUUGGAGGAGCAAGCAAAGCCUUACCGAGUGGUGAAUCUGGAACAGCCGUGUUGCCAGCCCUACACCAUCGUUGACGUGUCGGCAGCCAUGACUGGCGAGCAUGCAGACAGUCGGACUGAGAGUCCAAGAGCAAAAGCACGCUGUCCACCCCCAACCCCACUUAUGUCUCCCACUUCUCCCUCAGCACAGGGAAGCACUCAUUUCCAAAAAUCCAGCAGCAUCCGAUACCAGGAAGUCUGGACGUCUAGUACAAGCCCACGCCAAAAGCUGCCCAAAGUGGAGCUGGUCACUGGUGGCACAGGACCGACUGUCCCUCCCAGGAAGAACUCCCAUAAAUCAGCCCCCACUUCCCCAACAGCCACAAGUACUUCUUCCAAAACAAUCCCAGUUAAAUCACCCAAUUUGUCUGAAAUCAAAUUUAAUAGUUACAACAAUGCUGGCAUGCCUCCUUUCCCAAUUAUCAUCCACGAUGAGCCAACUUAUGCUCGGAGCUCCAAGAACGCUAUCAAAGUUCCCAUCGUGAUCAAUCCCAAUGCCUACGACAACUUAGCUGUCUAUAAGAGUUUUUUGGGAACCAGUGGAGAGCUGUCAGUGAAGGGUAAGACCACGAGUAUCAAGCACACUUACGAGGAAAUAGAAACCGAAUGCAAAGUGGCCGAGAGCCCCACCGGCAAACCUGCCGAAGCUUCCCUGGGGAAGGGGCGCUCUGACAGCACCGAGCGCAGGAAGGGCUCUGUGGCUCAAAAGGUCCAGGAGAUAACAGCUGGCCUCAGUCGGGCCAACCCCUCCCCCCAGAGAAGGCAGGGCUCUGUGCAUGGCUCCCCAGCACGAACCCAAAGAAGCACCCAGGAGCCGUUGGCCAAGAUCGAAGGCACUCUGGAGUCGCUGCCAUUGGGUGGCGGUGGCGGCGGCAGCCGGGAGAAGGCGACUGUGCUCUCCCAGAUCGUGGCUUCCAUCCAGCCUCCGCAGUCCUCCGCCAGAAACCCCCUCCAUCCUGGCCCCGAAGCCAGCAGUGUAGAGGAACUGUACGCUCUGCCCCGGGAUGACGAUCCACCCCGACAAGUCCUCCCACGAGCCAAAAUCUCUCUUUAGAGCCCCACACAGCCUGGCCCGGAGAGUGAGGCCAGCCCAGCCACAGAGAGCCCCGGCACGCUGGUGGCACAAGGACACCUUCCAAGCCCACCGCGUGUCACACCUCCAAAUUCACAGCUGGCACUCCCACCCCAAGUCCCCAGACUGACCAGACCACCCUUUCCCCCUCCUCGCUCCACUUCCUCUCCGUACCAUGCAAGUAACCUUCUGCAAAGACACUUCAGUCACUGGAGCAAGCCAACCAGCCCCACCCGCUCAACCGAGGCCGAGUCCAUCCUCACCUCUGAGGGCAGGCGGGCCACCGACGCCAAGCCCAAGCGCUGGAUAUUUAAGAGCUUCUUCCGCCGCAAGACUGAGGAGGAGGAAGACAAAGACAAGGAGAAGGAGAAGGGGAAGCUGGUGGGCCUUGACGGCACGGUCAUUCACACUCCCCCACCUCCGGUUCAGCGCCAUCACUGGUUCACGGAGUCGAAGUACCGAUGCUAAUGAAAAGCCCUCAUUGUCUUCAUGUACAGGUGUGACUCUGCUCAGACAGAGCUGAACGCCGACGCAGACAGGCCUGGCGUGGAGCGAGUGCUGAUUUCAGAAGAAAAGAUCCUACCAGAUGCAGACAAGAAGAGGAGUCAUCCUUCUCCAUCUCAUCUUCCCAGGACAAUGCUCAGUCAAGUGCCCCAUGAGGGGACGAUCGAGGCCACCCCUCCUCGAGUUCCACGCACGGCUCCUGUGAAGGAGGGUGGCAGUGAUGUGUCGGGCCUGCCAGUGUUGCCCCCACACACCCCGGAGAGGGAGGAAGGCAAGGAAGAAGCCUCAGACCCUUCUGAUGAGAGCCCCUGCAGUGCCACGUACAGUAACCUGGGGCCAUCCAGAGCCACCAUGAUCCCCCCCAAGCACCCUCGACAGCCAAAGGGCGCCAUGGACGAUGCCAUUGCUUUUGGGGGAACUGCAGAGCAAGAAGUGCCCCGGGGGCCCUCCCAAGCCACACCACCCCCCCUGCCAAAGAAGACCAUCCUGAGGGCCAACACAGAGCCUCUUCCCAAAGAUCUGCACAAGUCCCUGGAGAACAGUCUGUGUCUUCUGGCCAACCCCACCUAUGACGUGGAGGCCCACUGGGAUGCCAGCAGUGGCGGCUCCUCCCUCAGCUACGAGCUCAAGGGCCUGGACGACGAGUCCUGUGACUCGCUAGACAGGCCCCUGCCCAAAGACAGGCGCGCCAGCGCCACGGCCCAUAGUGUCUCCAGCCUGACCGCCCUGGGCACCAGGGAGCGUUUCUGCACCAGCACCGAGUCCCUACCUGGCCGGCGGGGGCCCCAGGGCAAGCCGGGCAAGACUGCCCAGAAGCCCCAGAGAACGGUGCUUUACCGAGGCAUCGAGAAUCGGGAUGAGGUGGUGGGGAAAAUACGGAGUCUGCACAGCGAUGCCCUGAAGAAGCUGGCUCUCAAAUGUGAAGACCUCUUCAUGGCUGGGCAGAAAGACCAGCUUCGCUUUGGGGUGGACAGCUGGUCGGACUUCCGCCUGACCAGUGACAGGCCGUGUUGUGAAGCCGGCGAUGCCGUUUACUACCCAGCCUCCUAUGCCAAAGACCCACUCAGCAGCUAUGCCGUCAAGAUUUGCAAAAGCAAAGCUAAAGAGUCCCAACAGUAUUAUCACAGCUUGGCCGUCCGGCAGAGUCUGGCCAUUCAUUUCAACAUCCAGCAGGACUGUGGCCACUUCCUGGCAGAAGUCCCUGUCCGUCUUCUUCCCUGGGAAGAUCCCAAUGCACCUGAGGAGGAAGAUGAUGAAGAGGAGGAGGAGGGGGACACCGUGCCGCAGACACAGACGUGCCGGCCUUGGGCCGAGUCGUCCCAGAAGAGCAGCUCCGACAGCCAGGAGGCCAGUAAGCAGCGCAGCCAUGUGGUGGUCAUCACCCGGGAGGUUCCCUACCUCACCGUGGCCGACUUCGUACGGGAAUCUCUCCCCAGCCACGGAAAAAGUCCGGAUACAUACGAGCGGCAAGUGUGCCUGCUUCUCCUGCAGCUGUGCGCCGGCCUCGAGCACCUCAAACCCUACCACGUCACUCACUGUGACCUGCGGCUGGAGAACCUUCUCCUCAUUCAGUGCAAGGCCAGCAGAGGCGCCCGGAAGGGCGAGCCUGGCCCGACCGCUGCUGGUCCGGCCAGGCUCAUUGUGAGUAACUUCUCCCAGGCCAAGCAGAAGAGCCACCUAGUAGACCCAGAGGGGCUCCGCGACCAGUCCCGCCUCGCCCCGAGAAUCAUCACGGCCACGCAGUACAAGAAAUGUGAUGAGUUCCAGACCGGCAUCUUGAUCUAUGAGAUGCUGCACCUGCCCAACCCCUUUGACGAGAACCCCGAGCUGAAGGAGAAGGAGUACACGCGGGCCGACCUCCCCCGCAUCCCUGCCGCUCCCCCUACUCCGGGGCUGCAGCAGCUGGCCAGCUGCCUCCUCAACCCCAACCCUUCGGAGCGCAUCCUCAUCUCUGACGCCAAAGGUAUCCUCCAGUGUCUUCUCUGGGGCCCCCGUGAGGACCUCUUCCAGACGCUCCACGGGCUGGCCAGCCCCAGCCAGAAUGCCGUCCUCCAGAACUGGCUGGACAUCAAGCGCACCCUGCUCAUGAUCAAGUUCGCGGAGAAGUCUUUGGACAGAGAGUGCGGCGUCAGCCUCGAAGACUGGCUUUGCGCUCAGUAUCUGGCCUUCGCCACCACAGACUCCGUGGGGUGCAUCGUGAGCAAUCCUCCAGCACUGCUAGGGCGCACAGGGUUUGCUUCCUCUCAGCAGCUCCUGGUCUUCCCUGAGCCCAUCCGUGUUCCGCCUUCCCUCAGAAAGUGGCCUCACCACGGCACAACAACCAAAAGGAAAGGAAAGGAAGGCUGGCGGCUUGUUCCCAUCCCUGAGAAGACGAGGUCCGUAGGGCAAGAUCCCUUCCAGCCCUCGAUACCAUGGGGAGCAAAGUCGGUCUGGAAUUUUCUAGAAAUCCCUCAGCAAGGCUAUGCCGUUGUCUUCCACUUGAAUCUCUCCCAGCCUAAUGUUUCUAGAAGAAUAGAUGAAGUGAAAGAAAAAAAACAUCCCUGAAAGAGCAGUUUCCUUGGGUCUGAAUGCAGUGAGCUGCGUUGCAAUUCCCCCUUAGUUCUGGAAGGUCCCUGACUGACUUUCAGCAUGACCCAUUUUAAAUAGCAAUACACCAAGUUAACUGGUUCCCAUUAUCCUCCAGUAAACUCUCCAGCAGGUGAUCUUCCUGUUUCUUAUUGAAAUAUCUAUUUGCUAUCAUACCCCACACCCUGGUGUGGCCUUAGCCAGGGCCACAUGGUAGAUGCAGAUGGUGGGGGUGGGUCCCAGCCAGGUAAGCCUCAGCCCUUGUUCUUCCUUCACCUACCCCAAAGCCUAUGUCCUGUACAGGGGACAAGCGCAGCCCCUUCCCCUCCCCAUCCCUUCCCUAUUGCUGCCCCCCUCCCACACCUCAGUGGCCACUUGUAGGCCUGAGGAGGAAAGUCGGUUUGUCUGCUUUUUGGCUGGAUGCCUUCCCUUAGGUGGAACUGACCGACCCUUCAUGUGGGUGUGGCUGCUCUUGCCACCCUCCGGGCCAGGAGGGGGCACAGAGUUUCCAGCACUGUUUUUGAUUAGCAUCAGGUUUGGCAGCCCCACUCACCGUGCCCUGAUCAUAGUUGUUCCCUGUGGCAGUGAUUGGCUCGCUUCCUCCAGUCAGCAGCUUGACCCCCCCCUCCCCACGGAGGGACCGUCAGCCAGUGGGGAGGGGAGCCGGUAGCCCCGGCAGGUGCCAGGCAGGCAGAGGAGGGCAGAGAACCACCCAAUGGCGGCCUCUGACCUCCCCCCGGACUGGCCUCAGAGCCUCCACAAGUGGCCCCACUCUCAGUAUUACUAGGUUCCAAAUCAUGUCUGAAAUCACUCCGAAGGAAGGACGGGUGCCCGGAGCGCCUGGGAUGUGCUGAAGGCUGGGUGUCGCCGCGCUGGCAGCCUUCUUUCAGAGCCUCGUGCUUCUCUCGGAUGGAUCUAUGUGCAAUUCUUGUGUGUAUUUUUUAAGCUGUAUAUGACAGUGUUUACGUUGCAGCCUCACCUGAAGCAAGACCCCCCAGAACCCCUGCCCUCCCUCUCCUGGCACAUAUUGAGCUUCAGAUAAGAGUGCUUUUUACAUACGUGUGCAUGUCUGUAUGUUUUAUUUCGUUCCAAACUGUGAGUAAUCCGUUUACUUCAGCCUUGAAAACAAAAUAGCCACUUUGACCACGUGUGCAUGCUGGGAGCAGAGAUGAGGCCCGCUGGGUGCUGGGCUCCCCCAUGCAGGGAAGGCCCCCCGAGUGCCCUUGGGCUGAGCCCAGGGGGAUGGGGCCCAGAUCGAUUUGUAGUAUUAGAUAGCACAUUAGUGGCCUUGGAAAUAUUUCUAAACUUGGGUGAUUUUUUUUAAGCCUUUCAUUUGAUUCACCGGUGUUUGCGAGUGAUCAGGAAAGGAGAAGGAGAAUGUAUUUUAUUGCAAUGUUACCUUUUUAAAAAAAAAAAAAAAAGAGAUGUUCAAGGGAUUUGGUUGAUGGUGUGCCUCCUUCCAACGUGUGUCAGUCAUCUCUCCUAGAAGGGGGGGCGGGCAUCAGUGUGGCUGUCGUGUGCUGGCCACCUGUGUCAGAAUGAACCAUGGCCCUGGCGCAGCCCCAGAGUCUGGAGCUGUAAGUCGGGGUAGAUUGGCCCUAGCGCACCUGUGCUCCUGAAGGCUGCUUCCAGUCCUCCUGCCCUACCUGCUGACCUGCAGCUUGUUCAUUUACAGGCCCAUCCCUCCUGGCUUCAUCACACACUGUCCGGGCUAUUCCAGGGGGCAUGUGUGCUGGGCCACCUGACCAUUCACACUAAGGAGACAUUCGUUCUCGGUGUCACGCGCUUUGUAGAGUUUUAUGUUCAGUGCACCUGGUCCCUGACCCUUUGUUGACCCUUCACUUUCUCGUUUCCUUUCUGUUGUUGCAUAUGAUGACUUGGAUUCUAGCCUUCAUUCCCGCAGAGCGUCUCAUCACCAGAAUGUUGGCCAACCCAGGAGACCCUUCUGGCCCCUGUGGCGAUGAAGAGCCUGAGCCAAGGCAUUGCAGGCUGGGGCCUGCGUGGAGGAGGGGGCCCCGGGGAUGAGCUCACAGACCCCUGAAGUACCAAGGAGCACGGCGCUGUCUCUGCCCAUCUCCUGCCCCACGUGGGUUGCAAUCGCUGUUUGUUGUGGGUUGUUGGGGUUUGUUUCACUUUUUCGGGGUGGGGGCAGUUCGCUCUUCUUUCAAGGGACAAAUGCAGACAGAUAUGAGAAUCCCCAGAGAUGAUCUCCUCUGGACAGUGCCUUGGUUGGGGAAGAAAAGAACCCAUCCAGUGAUCUUGCAAGAGUGUAAUUCCAAAAUAAAGUAUUCCAUCAUCUCCAUAAUUGUGGCAAAUAUUUCAAAUGUGUUGGAGUUGCAGUGAGCAUCUUCAAUUCCUUCCUCGCCUGCUCUCGGCCACAGACAGACACUGGGGGUUGGGUUGUGAGCAACAAAGCCCUUUCAGUUUUCUAAAGUAAUGACUACAGUGUGCAGUCGACAGUAUUGAUUGGAAAUAGAGAUUUCUUUUUUUUAUUUUCCAUUGGAAUACUUUAACUCUCCUCUACAGACACUUCCAUCUAUAUCAAGAGAAUUGAAAAAUCAAGCAGCCUUUUGGACACCAUUAAAAGCAGCACUUUGAUAAAGCUAGAGAGAGAAGGCCCAAUCUCCAGCCUGUUUGGGUCAGCAGGAGAGUGGGACCAGGGCUAGAGCCACCUGGACCCAGGGAUGGGAUUUAUGACGCAGUGAGUGCCUUGUUGGAAUUAAAGGCUGCUCCACCAAAAUCCAGAGAAGGCUUAAGCAGCCUUUCAAAUAGCUGUGAACUCGGGCUCCAAGAGCUAAGGGUGCUAACAGCUUCUCUGGUAAGAAAGGGAGAAAUGGAAAUCUGUGGAACCCAACCAGGAGAUAAGGUCACUGUGAGGGGGCUUCAUUAGAAUUCAAAGCUCUGUUCUCUGGCUUCCGAAGAUGAAACUGGUGGGUCUGGAGGAACCUCAGGCCUCACAGUUAUCAAACUGAUUGACGCAGGGGGGAGGGGAAGCAUCAAACACAUUAAAUAGAGUUUAGGAAGAUAAAUUUCUGUUCAGAAGGAAUGAGGUGAAUCCAGUUUUGCUUCCAUGCUCCAAACGAGUUGGCAGUCUUGGUAUUGUAAGCCCAGAGACGUCUCUGCGGGGAGAUAUUAAAAGAAGUGCCGCCCAGGAAUCAGUUAGCAAGAAUCUGGUUGGAAAGUCCCUGGCUCUAAAGAACUUCCAAAGGGCCUUGGGGUCAGUGAGAAGGGCAGCAACAGGCUUCCCAGACUGAGCCUUAGGGGAUCUGAUGCUGGGAAAUCAUUUGCAAACAGGCCUUAGAGAAACCUUCCUUCUUCCCAGGCCUCCUCAGAGCUGAUAUUCCGCUCAAACUGUCUUUAAAUGAGUUAGCAAGAGAUAAAGAGGCAAGCAAAUGAUCUGCAAAAUAUAGACCCAACUGCAAGAAACAUGGCGGGUUUGCCAUCUUGGUAUUUUAAAGGAUCCUAAGCCCGAGUGGAGGGACCUUCCUUCCCCUUGCUAAUGGAUAGUUGCUUCCUGUAUGUGGUCACGGAGGGAGAAACUGAGGCUUCCCAGGCUGAGUGAUUUUCCCAGGGUCCCACGCCUAGCAAAGCAGCGGUACAAGCCCCGAGAGUGAGGAGAGCGGUGGGCUUUCCCUAAGUGACAGGUCUUACUUAGGAAGUGUCCAAGGCAGAAUCUGAAUUCAGAGCCUCUGGAAGGGGCCAGCACUGCUAUCCUGCCCCACCACUUGGGCUCAGCUUAAGGAGUAAUUAACUGUUCCACUUCCUCCCUAACUGGGCUGUUCAUUUUACCUCAUUCGAGUUCAUUCUCUUCAAGUCCCCAAGUGAUCUGCAGCCUUGAAUUCGAAUUGCUGCUCUUAAUUGUGCACUGAAAUCCAGCUGGCUGCUCUCAGCAGCCCCUGGGGGAUGUGGGCAGGCCCCAGAAUGGGAGGGAGGGCCCAGCGGCAUUGCCCAGGCCUGGGGGAGGGAAGGUACCAAAGAGGAGGACCCCAGUUCACCCAGAUGCUUAAGGCAAAGCUUCUGCCAAAGCUGAUGCUGGAGGAGGGGAAUUGACAGAUAUUCCACCUCCAUCCUUAGAAGAGAUUUUUUAUUGCCUUUUUUUUUUUAAUCACAAAGUCAUGUGUUAGGAAAGAGAUGAAAAACCACCACCACCCUCUCUCCCUCCCCCCCUCAAAACCCACUGGGCUGAAUGUAAGGUUCCAAGGAGCUGGAGCUCUCCUCUCCCCCCCUCCCCUCCCCUUUCAGGAGUUGUUCCACGGGGCUGAGCUUGUGAAGAACAGCCCGUCUCUUUGACACUGUAUUUGAAGGAUUUUUUUUUCUUUUUAAUGAUGGUUUCAGUAGGUGGUGUUUUAAAGAAUUCUUGGGAGAUUUCUUUAAUGGAUUGUGAAUGUUUUUAUAAACCUUCCUGCAGAGGUGUUUACCACUCAUCAUUACCAUCCUAGUUACUAAGUGCCCAGAAGGAGAGAGGGGCUCGCCAGCUGCCUUGCCCUCGUGCCCAGGCCUGUUUGAAAUGAAACUCAGUGUGCUACUCCAGCGCUGAAGAAGGGUUCUCCAUCCCCGCCGCCUACAACGCUCUCAGCCUUCCCACGGCUGGGCGCUGGGCCUCUGAGGACAGCCUCCAUGCUGUGGGCCGGCCUCUUCACAUCCAUCCCACCCUCUGUAUUUUUUUAAUCCAAGGUGGUUUCAGGGAUUCAGAGGAUGUUGGAAAUUUUUUUACAUAGAAGAAAUAUAUAGACAUAUAUAGAUAUAUAUUACUAUGAACUUUAUUGUAUUUCAAAAAAAUCCACUUUGCCCUUCUUGUGUGUAUGUGUGUGUUUGUGUGAGGGGAGGAGAGGGGAGGAUUGGUGUGUGUGUGCUCACACACAGCACAUUUGCUUGAAUGUUGACCUACCCAAAGGUUUCAGGGUAGACUCUUUGAAAGGACAACUCACCGUUCAUUCAGACACGAGGAGGUGUCCCUUGCCUUGCCAAUUUCAGAAGGUUCUCUGUCUAAAAGUGUGUAGAAUUCUCUGUUGUUGCCACGCAGGGCACUGGGGCUCUAAGAUCACCUGAUAAAAGUGACUCUGGCUCUCUCUGGAUUUUUGUCCUUGGAAUUUUCUUUCCAGUGACUUCCAAGCCUGCCCCUUUGCUCUGUGGAAGCUUUCUGUCCAGAAAGCUUGUCUCAGUUGCUUUAUCUGAAGCUUCAUCUCUCUGGUCACCCAUUUUAUAGAUAUAUAAACUAAACCUCCAUCAUUGGGGGGGCACUUCUAUGCUCUGGUUUGCUGUGGUACUUUGCUGUGGACGCUGUGGCAUUCAUGUUACUGUGUAAAUAAACUUGUUUUAUUACACUGA